AUGCAACAGUCAUCUUCCAUCCCUGACAAACCAUGCCCGAGCACAGAUCGCAUAAUAAUCGUGGGUGCUGGUGUUUUUGGGUUGGCCACAGCUUUGGAACUCCGCAAGCGGGGCUACCAACAGAUAUUCGUACUAGAUAGACACAUGCCCCCAGUCCUUGAUGGAUCUAGUGUCGACAUUUCCAGGGUAAUACGUGUUGACUACACAGAUCCAUUCUAUGCCAAACUAGGCUUGGAAGCUUUGCAGAUGUGGAGACAAAAGUAUGAUGACCAUUUCAACGAGUGUGAAUUCACUCUUAUGACGGAGUCAAUCGAUGAUCCCCGCGUUGUACGCACCAAGCAGGCAUUGCAGAUGCUUGGACAAACAGUUCAUACCUUCAGAGGGAGAGAUGAAUUCAAGGCGAGGUAUCCAUUCUUUGAUGGAGAUUUGCCCCUGCAUGUCAGUGGCUAUUCUAACAAGGUCUGUGGGUGGGUCAAUGCAAAGCAUGUUAUUCAAGCAGUUGUAUCCGAGUGCACUAAGGCCGGCAUCUCAUUCAUAACUGGGAAACGAGGGAUGGUUAUGUCACUGUUGCAGGCAGAGAAAAGGGUGGUGGGCGUCAAGGUGGCUUCUGGAGAGACUAUGACCUGUGCUCGGCUGAUUUUAGCAACUGGGUCAUGGACAAACCAUCUGCUUGAUCUUCAUGGGGCAGUCGUUUCCACUUGCCACCCAGUGGCGUCAAUUCAACUGUCCAAAGAUGAAGCCGCCAAGCUAGCAAAGCAACCGGUGACAUGCAAUUUGACAUCGGGGGUGUUUGUCUUUCCCCCGACUAGCGAUAACGUCUUGAAAGUGGCAAGGCAUGAUUAUGGAUAUGAAACCACAUUGGCGGCUGAAUCCAGAGGGCACAUUCCUGCGUGGAGUUCGACCUCCGCCCCAAGGCUCUUCAGGCAUUCUUUCAAGUCUCAAUUCAUCCCAGACGAGGCCGACGCCGCUCUCCGUGCGGGCCUCACCUUGCUCUUGCCUCAAUUCAAGGACCACCCAUGGAUCAAUCGCAAGCUUUGCUGGUAUUCUGACACCCCAGACGGGGACUUUAUCAUCGAUCACCACCCUGAUAUUGCUGGCUUGUUUUUAGCCACUGGAGACAGCGGUCACGGCUUCAAAUUUCUACCAAUUAUAGGACGGUAUGUCGUCGAUAUACUUGAGCACAGCGCCCCGAGGAUCCAUCGCGCCCGAUGGGCAUACAAACCAACAGGCAGACCGAUGUCUAGUGGGAUGAACGGAAGCCGAGCUGGCCCACCCAGAAGAGUUCUAACAAGCUUAGAACAGGCAAAACUGUAG